AUGACAGCAACAUUAACAGAAGAUUUUAAAUCUGAAGGAAUCACCGAAAUUAAUACCAAAAGUAAAUUAACCCAAGGUGAUUCUAUAGAAGAAGUAAUAGGAACCGAUUAUACCUAUAAACAUGAAAUCAUCUGGAAAAAUGUAGUCGGGUUCAUGGUGCUCCACUUAUUUGGUUUAUGGGGUUUAGUGCGACUCAUAACAGGAAAUAUUUAUCUUAAAACUUUUCUAUGGGCAUGUUUUGUAGCUUACUUCGGAUCAGAAGGAGUGACAAUUGGAGCUCAUCGGCUGUUCACUCACAAAUCGUUCAAGGCCAAGCCUAUUCUCAGAUUUUGCCUAAUUUUAAUGCAAACAGUUGCAGGGCAGAAUUCUGUAUUCCAUUGGUGUCGGGAUCACCGCCUUCAUCAUCGCUACACUGACACUGACGGAGACCCUCACAACUCUAGACGAGGCUUUUUCUUCUCUCACAUGGGAUGGUUGAUGACAAAAAAACAUCCUCUUAUUACGAAGCUGGGAAGUAAACUUGACUUUAGCGACUUACAAGCUGAUUGGAUGAUAAUUUAUCAAAAAAAGUACUUUCUUCAAAUAUACUUUUUCGUCGCAUUUUUGAUACCGGUUUGGGUUCCAGUAUCGUAUUUGAAUGAGUCUUGGUUGAAUUCUAUUUUAUGUUGUUAUUUUUUUCGCUACAUUGUGUCUCUACACUGCACGUGGCUUAUCAAUAGCGCUGGACAUCUUUAUGGAACUAGGCCGUAUGAUAAGACUCUUCUGCCUGUUGAGUCUUGGUUCGUGUCACUGAUCAGCCUUGGCGAGGGCUGGCACAACUACCACCACGUGUUCCCUUGGGACUACAAGGCUGCGGAACUGACAAUGCAGUUCAACUUGUCAGCGACUUUCAUCAGAUUUUUUGAGAAGAUCGGCUGGGCGUACGACUUGAAGAGUGUUUCGCCGGAAAUGGUAAUAAAUAGAAUUAUUAAGACCGGUGAUGGUACCCACAAAGAAUUUGGUGACGAAGAAUCGAAGAAAGCUGUUAAAGCAACCGGAAUUCUACAUCCAUUAAAUCCAACAUACAAUGUCACAUAUAAGAUACCCGAAGUUAAACAUAAAACCGAAGGACUGCCACUGUACCAUGAAAAGGAUGUUAUCAAACACGCCUCCUUAUAA